UGUUGUUAACCAGAGCCCCGUGGGUCGUGUGGGUCCGCCGCCUGUGUUGAAGAGCGAGGCUGGGAUCUUGUUCCAGCGGGGAAACAACCGUCGCUGUGCUCGCUGGCUGUCUCCGUUUACAAACCAGAAAAAAAAUCACGUUGGCAACAAGUCAGAUUACGAAGAGGAACCAUGAGCCUUGCGCUUCAGGAACUGCUCCUCUGUUGUCGUCAAUUUGACAAUGACAAAGCUACUGAGAGAAAGAAAGAAAUAGAUAAAUUUAAACGCCUUAUUCGGAUGCCAGAAACUAGAGAGCAGUUGGAUCGAAAUUCUGAAUCAAGACAUUCAAGACAAUUAAACUGGGAUACAGUUUUUAGGUUUCUGCAAAAGUACAUCCAAAAAGAGACUGAGUGUCUUCAGGCAGCCAAUCCAAAUGUGUCAGCAGCAACCCAAGCCAAUCGGCAAAAAAAAAUGCAAGAAAUUAGCAAUAUCAUGAAAAACUUCAUCCGCUGGGCUAACAAAAGAGGACCUCGUUUGAAAUGUCAAGAACUACUGAAGCACAUCAUGGACAUUCUUCAGGAUAAAUUUAGCUGUGCUGCCUAUGGUGCUGACUACAAUAGUAUUCUGCUGAAGGAUGUUCUUUCAGUUUGGAAAUACUGGUGUGAAAUAACCCAGCAACAAUGGUCAGAUUUAAUGACUUUAUACUUCAAGAUGUACCUAAGACCCUCAAAAGAUACUAACCGGGUUCUUGUUGCCAGAAUAAUUAAUACACUUGUGAGAGGAUGUUGUUUCCAGUCAGAGAGCCUGACCUCCAAACUCUUCGAAUUCUUUGCAAGGGCAAUGCAGAAUGCAAGACAGGAACAAGUCUUUGCAGUCAUUGAGCAUAUAAUAUCGGCUCUCAAUGUCUUCCUCAACAUGUGUAUAGUGAAUUGUCGUAUACGUGUAUGUAAACUUGGAGAGGACAUUUUCCCAACACUACUAUGCAUUUGGACUCAGAAGCAUCUCCAAGAUUCCUUGAAGGAAGAAGUCAUUGAAUUUUUUCGAUUACAGCUCCAAGCCCAUCAUCCAAAGGGGACAAAAGAUCUGGAAAAAGGUGCUUUUGCAGCUGACUGGUUAAAUUGGCAGAACCUGCUUUAUGCUCUCUAUGAAGCAAUUAUCAGUGAAAUGAGCCACAUAGGAAGCAGAGGGAAGUACUCAGCAGGAGUGCGUCAUGUUGCUGUCAAGGAGAACCUUGUCAAUCUGGCUGCUGACAUCUGUCAUCAGUUGUUUGAUCGUGACUCAAAAGUGUUUGUGUCAUCAGUAACAAACGUAGAUACUGUGCAAAGCCCCUCCCAUCAGGGGUCACUGAGCAAACGAAGACGUAUUGAGUUGGGAUGGGAAGUGAUACGAGAUUCUUUGCAGAAAUCAGAGAAUGAUUUUGAUAUGAUACCUUGGUUACAGAUCACCACUGUUCUAGUUGCAAAAUAUCCAUCAAGCUUGCCCAACUGUGAGCUUGUUCCUCUUUUGACCACUUUGCAUCAGAUCCUUUCUCAACAAAGACGUAGAGAGAGAAUUCCUUAUGUUCUUUGUUGCCUCCGUGAGGUUGCUGUCUGCCAGAGAUUGAAAUCAGCACUUAAUACUGCACAGAAAUUAGACCUACAGAAACUCUGGGCCAAAAUCUGGGCCAUCUCACUUAGGAGCAUCAGCUCACAUCAGACUGAGGCUGAAAGCUUCCAGCUGCUGGAGGCAAUUCUUGAAGGGAACCUAACCAAUCCAGACAUUGACUUUUGGAAAAUCUUUUCAGGAUCCACAUGCAAACCAUCCAGCUCUGCGGUUAAGUGCCUUUCUCAAGCAUUGGCAAGAUGCACAUUACCAGAACGAAUUGAUGGUAUUGUUGAAAAUUAUCCAAUGUCCGUGAGUGAUAGGCCGCUGAGUCUUAGAGAAGCAGUAAUGCAGUGGUUAUUGGCAUAUCAAGCAGAGGAAAAUGCUGAAGAAAAUGCAGAGAUUCCAUCUGUUGUCUGCAGAGAUUUUCCAAAUCAACUUAUCUCUCAAAUUUUGGUUGUUUUGACACUGAAGGACUGCAAAUCAGGAAUGGACUUCUUCCAGUUGACUUCUACAAAGAGUGCACCAGCUGAAGAAUCUCUAAAGGAAGAUAGCACAGUCUUCUCAGAAACAGAAAGCCUUUUCCUGCAAACAACAUUUGAUGAAAUUCCAACUUACAGUAGUACUAUGGUUUGGAUUAGGGAAAAAGAGUCUGUGGCAUCAAAAAUAAGUUGCAAGCGACCUUUGAGAGAAAAACUGGAAGAAUAUUUGUUGGCAUUGGUGGAAUGUUUGCAUUCUACUCGGGUGCUUCCACCAGAAUGCAAAGUUCGCUGUGCAGACAUUAUUAUUGGAGUGCUCCGAUGUUAUUGUGAUAUUGGUGUUACCGGUGAGGAUAAUGCAUGUGCAUCGGUCCUAUUUCAGAAGGCAAAGUCCUUAAUGCUGGAUGCUGGUGAACACAUUCCUACCACCAGAAAUGAUCUUAAUGAAGAGAUAAAGCUCAGCUCUGUGAAAAUGCUGGUUAAUGUAUGCACAAAAUGUCUACACUCUCACGUUAAGCAGCACUGGCCAAGAAAGAGCUCAUCUGUUCUCUUCCUUCAAUUAUUCCCAGCAAGAUUUAUGAAUGACCUUGUGCAAGUUUGCAAACAACUGGCAACUCCCACUGGAAAAUCAAGUGAUGCUUGUGAAGCAAAGGAUGAUUUUCAGGAUGAUUUCAUGGAAGUAGAGGGACAUGGAUCAGGAGACCUCUUUGAUGUCAGUAUUAACCAAACGCCUGAGGGAGGUGAUUAUACUGAAAACAAUGACUCAACUGUUGGAGCAGGAGCAAAGAGCAUUUUGUGUGAAGAUAAUUUGACAAAGCAUGAUUUUCUCCUCCUCGACAUUCUCCAAUUCCUCUGCUGUUGCACAGCAGCAGGACAGAUACAUACACUUUCAUUUAGGUCUAGUGACAUUAGAAGAAAACUAUUAUCAUUAAUUCAGGACGUCGACGAUAACAUUUCGAAACCUCCCUACUUGCAUAUGUACUUAAUCCUGUUAAAAGAGCUCCCAUCAGAAGAAGGCAUUCUACCUUCUAGUGAUUUUGCCAUCCUUCUGAACCCACUCUUGAACUUGUGUUCUGCAUAUCGAUGUGAUCAAGACAUUUGUUCAGUAAUCCUAACACACAUUCUUCCAUCACUAUCAGCACAUGACAUUGAUUCUGAUGAAAUGGCUGAUAUUCGAGGAAUACUACUGAAGGCAAUUGGAGCAUUCUGGCACCUAAGCAAAGAAGGAAAAUGUAACACACAAGUGAGAACUGCUCUAGUAAAAUGUAUGAAAGCCCUACUUGAAAAAGACCCACAUUCAAAAUGGACUGUACUUUCCACCAGAAGUGAAGAAUUACCUGUCUCUGAAGUCUACACAGAGUUCCUUGCAGACAGUCACCAUCAGAUUCGCAUGCUGACAGCUAUGUCUAUUAGCAGUCUUUUCCAGGAGAACCAGGUACACGAUUCAUCUGUAAAGCUGAAAGCCCUUCCUGUGAAACUGCAGCAGAAAGCCUUUGAAAAUGUGUAUAUGAAAGUACAAUCAGGAAUGAGAUGUCAGAAUUGUGCAUCCACGGAAGAACUGCAGGAUGAGAGGUGCAAUAGAAGAGCUACGUUGCUUAUAGUGAUUUCAUUGGUCAUGUGCUGCAGCCCCAUAUGUGAAAAGCAGGCAUUAUUUGCUAUUUGCCAGUCAUUAAAGGAGAACAAGUUAGACCCUACACUUGUUAAAAAGAUUCUUGAGUCUACAUCCAAGUUAUUGAUGUAUCGUAGCUUGGAAAGCUUCAUGGUUUCCCAUUUAGAUUACCUUAUCCAUGAAUGGUUGACCGUGUCUGAUCCUGACUACAACUUGCCAACAUUCCCUUACGUCCUAUUGAACUGUUCUAAUCUGGAAGAAUUUUACAGAUCAUAUUACAAAGUUCUUGUUCCACAUCUUAUGGUUAUUGGUGACAUAGAAGAAGUGAAAUCAAUUGCUGCACACAUUCGCAGACGCUGGAAAGAAUUGCUUGCAGAUUGCCUUCCAAAGAUAAUGGUUAACGUUCUGCCUUAUUUUGCCUACCAAGAAAAGAGUGGAUCUGAUAAUGUUUUGGCACAGCGAAGAGGAACUGCAUCAAAGGUGUUUGACAUGCUGAAAGAUGAUGAUUGCUUGGGGAAGCAGCAAAUUGACCAUUUAACCCUCAAUAACUUGCCAGAGAUUGUUGUAGAAGUGCUCAAUACCCUGUAUGAUCUUCCGAACCAAGAUUCUGCAAAUGAUAGAGAGCUGGUGGAAUUUGUAGGGGCAAUGGAUCCUGCUCCUAACCCACCUUAUUUCCCAUCUUAUGUUAUCAAAGCCACACUGGAGUAUAUUGGUAGCUGCCACAAAGAGAAGUUCAAAUCACUUGUGGCAGUUCUUUGCAAAAAUCCUGAUUCAAUACAAAAGAUCUUGCUAGCGAUUUGUAAGAAGGCAGCAGACAGUACCAGUGCCUAUGAAAAACAUAGAAUUCUGAUGAUGUAUCGUUUGUUUGUAAACAUGUUGCUGAAAGAGAUUACGGACGGGCUUGGAGGAUUGUGGGCAUUUGUUCUCCGUGAUGUCAUCUACAGUCUGAUUCACCACAUCAAUAGUUGGCCAUCACACAUGGAUGAUAUAUCCACACGCAGUUUUUCCCUAUGCUGCGAUCUUUUAACUGUCACUUGUAAGACUGCUGUGGAACAUUGUGGCGAUGCACUUGAAAAUCACCUUCAUGUCAUUGUGGGUACAUUAACACCAUUGGUGCAGGGACAGCCAGAAAUUCGCCAACAGGCCCUGACAUUAUUGAAGUAUCUAGUGAUUUCCAAUCGUGGCAAUGAAAACCUGUACCAUGCAAUUAGGCGUUUGGAUCCAUUCCCUGAUCUUCCUGAAUUCGGAGAGCUCCGUCUUAUCCAGGAGAAAAUCAAGUAUAGUAAGAAACAGUUCACGCUGUUAGAGGAAAUCAAUCAUUUCCUUUCUGUCAACACCUGUGAUUCCUUACCCCUAACCAGGCUUGUGGGAUUAAAUGAUCUAAAAAAACAACUAGAACUUCACAAAGAGGAUUCUAAAACUCUGCUGAAAGAGUGUCAAGAUGAUCCAGCAUCCAGUGUCCUUGUGAAACUGGUUGUAAAUCUCCUGCAACUGUGUAAGUCUGCUAUCUAUCACCCUGCUGGAAAAGAUAUAUUAGAAGCUGCAGGAAAGUGCUUAGGAGAAAUGGGUCCAAUUGACUUUUCCACUAUUGCUUUACAACAUAAGAAAGAUGAAUUUCAUUUCAAAGCAAUGGAACUAUUGAAAGAAAAUGAUUUUAAAUUGGUUUUCAUUCUUCUAAGUGUAAUUAAUAAUGCCCUCAUUGAUCAAUGUAUUGAUGUUCGCUAUGCAGCUGCUAAAUGUGCGAAGAAUAUACUCGCUACUCAAGCAGGCUUCCAGUUCUGGGAGCUGAGUAAGAAAAAUCCCAAUGGUCCAGAUCCCAUGCUAAUGUAUUUGCAACCAUUCCGAACACCCAAGAAGAAGGCUUCUGAGUCGCCAGUAGUUAGCAGAUCCAGUCCUUCUGAAAAGCUUGAUGAUGGCUGUUUGUGGAUACCUCAGGGUGCAAACCAUGACACAUGGGUAAAAACAUUAACCUGUGCACUAUUAGACAGUGGAGGUGUGAAAAGUGAAGUUCUUCGGUUAAUAAAGCCGCUGUGUGAGGUGAAGGCUGACUUCUGCCAGAUGGUCCUACCAUACUUGAUCCAUGACAUUCUCCUUCCUGGCGAUAAUAAUUGCUGGCAGGAGUUGUUAUCUAACCACAUUCAAAGUUUCUUUAAUAUGUGCUGUAGAAUAGGAUCAACCUCUAGCCGAUCCACUACACCAGCUAUGGACUCAGAAACAGACAGCCUUCCCCAGGGAUAUAUGGAUAAAGCCUCUCGGCGCACAAUGCUGGCGGUGGUCAAUUACUUACGCAAGCAAAAAAGACAUCAGCUGAGCACUGUUUGGGAUGACAACUUCUGGCUAGAUCUGAAUUACCUGGAGGUUGCUUUGACAGCCCAGUCAUGUGCAGCUCAUUUUACAGCCUUGCUUUAUGCAGAAAUCUAUGCAGAUAAAAUCAGAUCUGAAGAAGAAGAGUUGAAACGGGGUUCUUACAAAGCAGCUCGCAGCUUAAAGUCUGAUGAAAGCAGCCAAGAGCUAACAGUCUCCAGCUUGAGCAGCAAAAGCAGAGAAGAAACGGGGAUUGGCUUACAGGAAUUGCUAAUUGAGGUCUACAGAAGUAUCGGAGAACCUGAUAGUUUGUAUGGUUGUGGUGGAGGGAAGAUGUUACACCCACUUGCUAGAGUUCGAACAUAUGAGCAUGAAGUGCUAUGGGAUAAGGCUCUUGUAACAUAUGACAUUGAAAAGAACCUUCCUGUCUCUACACGGCAAGCUGGUAUUGUCCAGGCUUUGCAGAACUUUGGACUAUGCCAUAUACUAACUACGUAUCUAAAGGGACUUGAAGUUGAAAACACAGAAUGGUGCGAGGAAUUGCAGGAAAUUCGUUUCCAGGCAGCCUGGAGAAACAUGCAGUGGGAUCAUAUUCCUCCAAGCAGAGACGGAACUUCAGGAUUUGGAUAUCAUGAAUCUGUGUGCCAUGCUUUGCAAUCUUUGAAGGAUCAAGAAUUUUCUUCCUUCGUCGAGGUUUUGAGGGCUGCCAGGAUAAAAGAAGUUGAAGAAUUAUGCAGAGGAAGCCUGGAAUCUGUUUACUCUCUAUACCCCACACUAUGUAGAUUGCAAAUACUUGAAGAACUGGAAACCAUUGGACAGAGACUGUGCGGAUCUGACCCGGAUGAUGCAUUGAAUAAGGUGCACAAAAAAUGGCAACAACAACUUCUGCUUCUCAAGGACAGUGACUUUACCUUCCAGGAGCCUAUCUUAACCAUGAGGACUGUCAUUCAGGAACUGCUUAUUACAAAAGAAAUGGAUGGUCAGAGGAAGAACCUUAUUAAAGAUGCUCUGACUAAGUAUUUGCUUGAAAUGGCAAAAUUAGCACGAGCAGCAAAAAAUUCCCAGCUGGCAGAGAAGGCCAUCUUCCAAAUCAAGCAACACAAUCCGGUUGGGUUUGGUGUUUCUACCUGGCAGCUAGAAGAGGCUCAAGUCUUUUGGGAUAAACAGGAACAGAGUCUUUCCCUAGAUAUUCUCAAACAGAUGAUUGACAAGUUAGAGGGAACAAACGACAAGGAAUUAGUGCCGCUCUAUAUUGAAUGCCUUAGACUCUGUGGAACCUGGUUGGCAGAAACAUGUUUGGAAAGUCCAGGCACCAUCAUGCAGAAAUAUUUAGAGAAAGCUGCGACUCUUAGCAUUGAACAUAAUAGCUUAGUUCACAGUGGGAAGAUAGAAGCAUUCUUGUCCUUGGCACGGUUCUCAGAUGCACAGUAUCAGAGUAUCGACAAUUAUAUGAAGUCAUCCGAGUUUGAAAACAAGCGCGCACUUCUCAAGAAUGCCAAAGCGGAAAUCCAUUUGAUCAAGGAACAUAAAUUUCAGGUCAACAGAUAUGUAGUGAAGAUUCAGCGGGAAUGUGAAUUAGAUGAACGAGCAAUGUGUGCAUUGCAAGACGAUCGCAAACAGUUUUUGUGUAAAGCAGUGGAGAACUAUAUCAACUGCUUACAGAGUGGUGAGGAACAUGACAUGCGUAUCUUUAGACUCUGCUCCUUGUGGCUUGAAAAUUCGGGUGUUCCAGAAGUGAAUGAAAUGAUGAAGAAAGGUGUAGAAAAGAUUCCAUCUUACAAGUUUUUACCUUUAAUGUACCAGCUGGCCGCUCGAAUGGGAACAAAGAUGGCAGGAGGGCAAAGAUUUCAUGAAGUAUUAAACAAGCUAAUUGAAAAAACUUCAUUGGAUCAUCCUCAUCAUACAUUGUUUAUCAUUUUGGCCUUAUCGAAUGCAAACAAAGAUGAUGUUCUAGGGAAACCUGAUGUAUUGAGGAGAGGGAAACAUAUAAAGAAGGAUAUGCCUCACUUGGAUCAGGAGAGAAUGGAUGCUGCCAGAAAUAUUAUAAAUACAAUCCAAAAAUCUAAAGCUAAAAUGAUAAAGGACAUCGAGAGAUUAUGUGAUGCUUUAAUCACACUUGCAAAUAUGGAUGCAAGUAAAUGGAAAACAGAAAGAAAAGCCAUUGAAAUUCCUGCAGCACAACCUAUCACCAAAAUAAAGGAUCUGGAUGAUGUUGUUAUUCCAACCAUGGAAAUCAAGGUUGAUCCAUCUGGAAAGUAUGAAAAUCUGUUAACUGUGAAAUCAUUCAAAUCUCAGUUUCGAUUAGCAGGAGGAGUGAACCUUCCAAAAAUCAUUGAUUGUGUCGGGUCUGAUGGGAAAGAGAGAAGGCAGCUAGUCAAGGGUCGUGAUGAUCUGCGACAAGAUGCAGUAAUGCAGCAGGUUUUUCAGAUGUGUAAUAAACUUUUGGAAAAGAAUUCAGAAACCAGAAAGCGAAAGCUAACUAUUCGCACAUACAAGGUCAUUCCUCUUUCUCAGAGAAGUGGCAUCCUUGAAUGGUGUACAGGAACCGUGCCCAUUGGCGAAUAUCUGGUUCACCAAAAUGAAGGAGCUCAUAAGAGGUAUCGACCAAAAGACUCAAGUAGCCUGGAAUGCAGGAAAAAAAUGUCGGAAGCACAAAAACUGAGUUUUGAAGGUAAAUAUCAAGCCUUCAUGGAUGUCUGUAAGAAUUUCCGGCCUGUCUUCCGAUAUUUCUUUAUGGAAAAGUUUUUGGAUCCAGCUGUAUGGUUUGAAAAGCGACUUGGAUAUACUCGAAGUGUAGCUACAUCUUCAAUUGUAUGCUACAUUGUUGGUCUUGGUGACAGACACGUACAAAACAUCCUCAUUGACGAAGAAUCAGCUGAACUUGUGCAUAUAGACCUAGGGGUUGCCUUUGAACAAGGUAAAAUUCUUCCUACACCAGAGACUGUUCCAUUCCGUCUAACUAGAGACAUUGUUGAUGGAAUGGGCAUCACUGGAGUGGAGGGUGUCUUCAGAAGAUGCUGUGAAAAGACAAUGGAGGUUAUGCGAAAUUCCCAAGAGGCCUUACUAACAAUCGUUGAGGUGCUGCUAUAUGAUCCUCUUUUUGAUUGGACCAUGAAUCCUUUAAAAGCACUUUACCUACAACAGAGACCUGAAGAAGAUGCAGACCUUCAUUCUACACUAAACUCCACUGUGGCUGGAGAAGAUACAGAAUGUGAUGGAAAGACUACCGAUACAAAGAGUAUCAAUAAAGUGGCAGAACGUGUACUUCUGAGGUUACAGGAGAAGUUGAAGGGAGUUGAAGAAGGUGCUGUCCUCAGUGUGGGUGGGCAGGUGAAUCUACUCAUACAACAAGCUAGAGAUCCGAAGAACCUCAGUCGUCUCUUCCCAGGCUGGCAGCCUUGGGUAUGAUCAAUGCACUUGGGUAUACGAUAUUCAUCUGUAUAUAUAAAUGUGUACCACUAGAUGAAAUGCUUGUCAUGUUACAACUUUUUCCCAUUGUAAUUACCUGGUACCUGUAAUUACCUAAAACAACAAAGUGCCACUCUUCGAUGCCCAAGGCAGCAAGACUAUGUCAAGGGCAAAAAUUGCAAAAGCUUUCUUAAUUAAACUAUCAAUUUUAAACUCAGUCAGUUUCACGCCUUGCUUGCUAUAAUAGCUUUCAGACCCACGGCAGAUUCUUCUCAAACCUCUGACCUGAUCAUGGUUUCCCAUCAGUACUUUGGAUUCAGUGAGCUUACUCUGACAUCUCCAACUUGCUUUCAGACUCAGGGUGCAAUGUGGAACCUAUGCAAAAAGGAAGUGUCUAUAAACACUCUAAAUCUUUAUUUUUGUCAGCUAGAGUUAUGUGUAACUAUACUAUGUUGUACAAUUAAAAUAGGAAGAUUUUCAUUUUGUACAGACAUAAAUUUUGACUAAGUAAAAUGUUCAAUGAUUAAUUUUGGACACUAAAUGGAACUUGAAUCUACUGCACAUUAGAUUUAAUUAUUUGUGCCUACUGAAAGUUGUAUAUUGUCUUUAUAAUGUUAACUGUGAAUUUGUAAUGAGAUUCUGUGAUCUGAAAUAUCCAUUUCGUAUUAUAAAGCACCUUCUCUAUACUUUAAAAAAACGUUCUGUUUAUUAGUACCUUUGCAGUACAUUUUAGCCUUUACUGGAUGAUUAGAUUAGAUUAGAUUCAACUUUAUUGUCAUUGUGCCGAGUACAGAUACAAAGCCAAUGAAAUGCAAUUAGCAUCUGACCAGAAGUGCAAAAGAAUAGUAUUAUUUACAAAAUAACUGUGAAUAAAAAGUAAGUGCUACAGCAUACAAAUAUAAAAGUACUGAGACAGUCCAAUAUGGGUGCAAUACUGCUUAGCGCUGUGAUGUGAGGUUCAGCAAGGUCACAGCCUCAGGGAAGAAGCUCUUCCUGAGCCUGCUGGUGCGGGAGUGGAGGCUCCUGUAGUGCCUACCAGAUGGGAGGAGGGUAAAAAGUCCAUGGUUAGAGUGAGAUGCAUCCUUGAUAAUGCUUUUCACCCUGCCCAGGCAGCGUUUAUGGUAGAUGUUCUCAAUGGUGGGCAAUGAAGUGGAUGAAGAAGUAUGUCCCAUUAAUCUUUUGGAAAGGUAUAAAGCCAGUAUAAAAAUACGCCAUGCCAUUUCUAAAUACAGGACUUUGCCCUUGUGCAUUUUGGCUCUCUUCCAUGUGUUCACCAAAAUUGGUUACUACGAGUCUCGGGUACUUAAAACCACUUCAAUUAUAACAGAGACUUGAGAAGCCAAACAAGAUUCUUUUGUUGCAGCUGUUUGUUUAAAUCCUAACUUUUCUCAGUGAAUUUUCUUUUUGAACUUCUAUAAGAUUCUUCUGAAUUCAAACAAAUAUAUUCCCAGGCAAUUCAAUCUCUCUUCAUAGGCUAACCCCCUCAUCUCCUGAAUCAAGCUGGCAAACCUUCUCUGCGCCAUCUCCAAGGCCAGUAUAUCUUUCCUCAAGUAAAGAGAUGAGAACUGUAUGCAGUAUUCCAGGUGUGGAUUCACCAGUACCCUGUACAACUGCAGCACAUAACCUUCCACUCUCAAAUUCAAUCCCACUCAUAGCAAGGACCCAUGUUCCAUUUGUCUUCUUGAUAACCUGCAAACCAACCUUUUGUGAUUUACGCAACUGCACUCCCAAGUCCCUCUGCACAAUAAUAUUCUGCAUUCUUUUAUCAUUUUAAUAAUAAUUUGAUGUUCUAUAUUUCCCUCCAAGUGCACGGCCUCACAUUUACCAAUAUUGUACUCCACCUGCCAGACCCUUGCUGACUCAAGUGUGCAACAUCCACCUGUUUCCCUAAAUCCACUGCAUUCAUUAUAUCCUCAAAGACUCCAGUAAGUUUAUCAAACAGGACUUGCCCUUCCUGAAUCUAUGUUGUCUCUCUGCCUGAUGGAACCACUUAUAUCCAGAUAUCUCACUAUUUCUUCCACUACGAUGUUGUGGCCGUUACUGAAACUUGGCUGGAGUAAGGGCAGGAUUGGCUGGUGCAGGUACCGGGGUUUAGAUGUUUUAAAAGGAUUGGGGGGGGGGUAGCAUUACUGAUCAGGGAUAGUAUCACAGCUAUAGAAAGGGAGGACGCUGCAGAGGGAGUGUCCAGUGAGUCGGUGUGGGUGGAAGUCAGAAACAGGAAGGGAUCAAUCAGUGUGCUGGGAGUAGUCUAUAGGCCCCCAAAUAGCCCUUGGGACACCGAGGAGCAGAUAAGCAGGCAGAUUUUAGAAUGGUGCAAGAAAUGCAGGGUUGUAGUUAUGGGUGAUUUCAACUUCCCUCAUAUUGACUGGCACCUCCUGACUGCAAGGGGGAUAGAGGGGGCUGAAUUUGUCAGGUGUGUUCAAGAACGAUUCCUGAUACAGUAUGUGGACCAGCCGACGAGAGGAGAGGCCAUACUGGAUCUAGUUCUGGGUAAUGAACCUGGUCAGGUGGCAGACCUCUUGGUGGGGGAGCAUUUUGGUGAGAGUGACCACAACUCCCUUAGCUUCAGCAUAGCUAUGGAAAAGGAUAAAAACAGACAAAAUGGGAAAGCACUUAACUGGGGAAAGGUUAACUGUGAAGGGAUGAGGCAGGAACUAGCGAGAGUAAAUUGGAAACAGAUGUUCAAGGGUGAAAGCAUAGCAGUAAUGUGGAGGAAGUUUAGGGACCACGUGCUGGGUUCAGGAUAGGUUUGUCCCAGUGAGACAAGGAAAAAAUGGUAGGAAAAGGGAACCGUGGCUGACGAAACACGUGAGGCAACUCAUCAAGAGGAAGAAGGAAGCAUAUGUUAGAUAUAAGAAGCAGGAAGCAGGAGGGGCUCAUGAGAAAUAUAGGGUAGCCAGGAAGGAGCUUAAGAAAGGACUUAGGAGAGCUCGAAGGGGGCGUGAGAACUCUUCCAGAAUCUAGUCAUUUUUGAAAGAUCGAUAUUAAUGCUUCCACAAUCUCUUCAACUACCUCUUUCAGAACCUUGGGUUGUAUUCCAUCUGGUUUACAUAAUGUAUCCACCUUCAGACUUUUCGGCUUCCCAAGCACCUUUCCUUUGUAAUAGCAACUGCACCUACUUCUGCCCCCAAUAUUCUCGAAUUUAUGUCAUACCGCUAGUGACUUCCACAGUGAAGAAGGCUGCAAAAUGCUUGUUAAAUUCAUCCACCAUUUCUCUGUCCCCCAUUACUAUCUCAACAGCAUCAUUUUCCAGCAAUCCAAUAAAUUGACGCUGGAGAGGUAGAAAUGGUGGAUGAACUUAAGUAUUUUGCGUCACUCUAGAGGAUACUACCAAACAUUUUUUCAGGGUGCAUUCUAUCAUAUUAUCAUCAUUACCUCCUAAGGGUUCCUUUACCUUAAACUCCCUAAUCAAAUUUAGUUUAAUAACAUAAUAGCCAAUCUCGAAUAGCCUUUUCCCUCAUGGGCCCAACCACAAGCUGCUCUAAAAAGACAUCUCAUUAGCAUUCUACAAAUUCUCUCUCUUAGGAUCCAGCACCAAUCUGAUUUUCUCAAUUUUCCUGCAUAUUGAAAUCCUCCAUGAUUAUUGUAACAUCGCCCUUUUGACAUGCCUUUUCAAUCUCCUGUUGUGAUUUGUAGCCCACAUCCUGGCUACUGUUGGGAGACUUGCAUAUAACUCCCAUCAGGGUCUUUUUACCCUUGCAGUUUCUUAACUACCCACAAGGAUUCUACAUCUUCUGAUCCUGUCGCCUCUUGCUAAGGAUUUGAUUUCAUUUUUAACAACAGACACACCUGACCCCCUCUGCCUACCUACCUGUCUUUUUGAUACAGUCUCACUACACACUGCAUUGACUUUCAUACCAACUGCCCCAUCCUCAGCCCCAUCUCUCUGGUUUCCAUCCCAGCAGAGCAUCUCUGUUACUAAAUUCAAUGCCUGUCUAUUUAAUAAUGGCUCAAAGCAAUUGGUACAUUUGCAACUAGCUUUCGUUCCAUUUUUCUCUGUACAUAACUCUUCAUCUUUUCUACAGGGUGAUUUAUCUCGUGUGAGAACAAAACUUAUAUAAUCAAGUUUCACCGACAGUAGCUCGUUUUUCACAGUGUAAAGUCAUUUGAGAUGCUAGUUAUGGUUAUGAUAUGUUCCCAUAUAAUUGUGUCUUCAAAUUCUUUAAACUGCUUUAUUGCAAAUUGAAGAAACAUGAUGUGCUUCUGCUGGUUCAUAAGCUGUCUCGCAUUGAAGCCAAUUCGUACAGCAGCAUUGUUGCUGCAGGCUGCCUCUGGUCCUGCUACUGUGAAUUUCACCCUCAGUUAUGCAAGUUGCUUAUCACAUAAA